GCCAAUGCUCUAUCCAUGAGCCAAACUGGUAGGGCCUGAGGUGCAUUUUGAUGAGCUCAUUAUGGCUGCAGAUUAGAGUGAGAGACCCAAUGAAAGGGUUGGUAGGCAUGGAGGAGGAAAUGGAGAGGAGUAGAUGGAUUCCAGAAAUCUUUAGGAGGUAAAAUUAAUAGGACUCAGCGAUGUAUUGAGAAGGAAGAGGGAGGUGUGGAGAGUGACACAUUUCCAGUCUUGGACAACUGGGGCACCAGUCUCUGACAUGGGAGCCUGGUAGGACCCACAAAGAUAGUUACACAGCAUUUGGGAAGGUAGAGUGGAUCCUAAGGCAGCUUGAGGUGGCAAAGUGUGGCACAAAUAAUUGGAUUUCUUCCCAUAUGAUUAGUUUCUGACUUCCCAUGCUAAGGAAAGUAUCGGGGCAAGAGCAGGUAUGAUACAGGACUAGAGGAGUUGAACACUGAGAAAAGGUGAUUCAAGUUGGAGUAGUUUGGCUUACCCCCUUCUCUCCUUAGGACAAGGGGGGCAGGAAGAGAGGAGGCACAGAUAUUGGUAAAGGUAGAGAUUAGAAAGUAUUUUUAAAAGCUGAGAUUUCUUAGGCAGAUGGCUUGAUCUGCCUUGGAAGCAAAGAAGAGUCCCGGCCUGUGUGGCUCAGUGGUUGAGCAUUGACCUAUGAACCGGAUCAUGGUUUGAUUCCCAGUUAGAGAACAUGCCCGGGUUAUGGGCUUGAUACCCAGGAUGGGGCGUGCGGGAGGCAGCUGAUCAAUGAUUCUCUCUCAUCAUUGUUGUUUCUAUCUCUCUCUCCCCUUCCUCUCUGAAAUCAAUUUUAAAAAACCAUGCUAUUAAAUCUUUUUUAAAAACGAGAAAGCUACAUUAAAAAUAAGUAAAUGAAAAGAAAAGGAUAGUCCAGAGGCCAAAGGGACCGUGAGCACUAUGCAGGACUCUGGUGCCUUCCUUUAAAAAAAAAAAAAAAGAGCUGAGAUUUCUCAACAAAGGAAUAAUUAAUUGGGCAGCAGCAAGGUGGCCGUUGGACCACCUUUCCCUGGGUCUCUUCCCUGUACCCCCCCCCCAACCCCCUUUCAAGCAAAGAGGAGGAAUGGCAGGGCCUUUUGGCUGCAUUUCCACACCUGAGUUUACUCAGAGUUUUUUUGAGUAGGUGACAUAGUCAUAUGAUUGCAUAUUUAAAAGUUACAAAAGGGCAUAUAGUGGUAAAUCUCCUUUCCACCUCAGUCCCCCUCCCACCAAUUUGUCACUUUUGUUUCCGAUUUUUAUACAAGUGAUAAAACUUUGCAACACUUUGCUUCUCCCCCCAUUUGUUAAUAUAUCUUAGAGGUUGUUUCAUAUCAAGACAAUGAGCUGCUUCAUUUUUUAUGCCUGCAUAGUAUUCUAUUUUAUGUUUGUAAUUUCGUAGUUAUGUAUUGGUGGAUAUUUAGGCUGAUUCUAAUCUUUUGUUUUCACAAAUAAUGCUGAAAUGGAAAUCUUGUGUAGACAUCAUUUUGGCCAUAUGGGGCUUUAUCUGUAGGAUGAAUAUUUAGAAUUGGAUGGUUCUGUGUAGAGAGAAUUUUUCACUCACUUGUCAUUCAUCUAUCCAGUAUUUAUUGAGUGCCCAUUAUGUGCCAGAUGCUCUUGCAGGUUCCAGGAAUCCAACUUUCAACAAGUCAGACAUGAUCCCUGCCCUUGUGGAAUGUUAUUACCCUCUAUUAAAAGGAAACAAAAAAGGAGACCAGAAGAGAAUAAAUUGGGAGGAUCUGCUUUAAAUAGAGUCAGGAAGACUUCUUAGAGUAAGUGACAUUUAAGCUGAGAACUAAAGGAUGGGACAUGGCCCACCAUUAGGUGUAGGAUGGGGAAACCUAGGCUAUUCAGAGCCUCACCCGGAGGCGAGGAGUUCAGGGUCUGUAGGGGAUCAUACUGGGGCUAGCGUAGAGGUGGAAGUGAAAAGACCCCGGUAGUGUGAGGGCAGGGUGGGCUGUCUGUCUCUUUCAUACUCCUUUUCUGCAUUUUAAAAAUUUGCCACAUAAGUCAGGGGAGGAGGAGUACAGCUAAAGAGAUGAAGGAGGUGAUUGGGAGUGGAAGAUAUCAAAGAAUGAGUGACUAAAGAUGAGGCCAGAUAGGGGAGGGGUCUGGUAGUAGAGGAGAGUUAGGGAGACUAGUACUUAUGAAGGACUAUUUAUUAUUUGUGUUUAGAGGGCUCUGUACCUGGCUGAAUUCAGGUGGGGAAACAGGAAAAGAGGCCACUUCCUUCCUGGAUAUUUUAUGAAUGAGAGGCCACAGUUUAACUGGUCUGAGGGAGGCACAGCUUUGCCUGCAGACAGGAGAGUGGAUGAAAUGCCUUGGGCAGAGCCAGUCUGCCUGUAGUAUAGCCUCCAACCUUUCUGUGGCUUUAGCAAAAUGGAAACUUCUAAAUUAAAGAUGACAUUGAAGGGACUCAGCCAGCUGGCUCUGGGCUGGUGGAAGAGAGAGCAGACCUAUCCAGGGCUCAGAGCUGGGAGUGGGCAGGAAGUUGGUCUUGGAGACUCUUUCUCUGAAGUUUAUGCUCCUUUUUUAUGCUCACCCCUCUGUUUCCCUUUUGCAAACGCCCAUCUCUUUGCCUAUCCUGGGUCCUAUGACUUUUCUCUCCCUCAACAGUCGGUUCCCGAUUCUGGUCCCCGGCCCCCAGCAGCGCCUGCCCCCUUCCCACCGGGGCCCCCCAUGAUGCCACCACCCUUCAUGCCCCCUCCAGGAAUCCCUCCGCCCUUCCCUCCAAUGGGGCUACCGCCCAUGAGUCAGAGACCACCAGCCAUCCCCCCCAUGCCACCUGGCAUCAUGCCCCCAAUGCUACCACCAAUGGGGUCACCACCACCACUCACACAGAUACCAGGAAUGGUACCUCCCAUGAUGCCAGGAAUGCUGAUGCCUGCAGUGCCUGUCACCGCAGCGACGGCUCCAGGUGUGGACACCGCCAGCUCUGCUGUGGCUGGGACAGGCCCUCUGAGGGCCCUAUGGAGUGAGCAUGUAGCCCCUGAUGGGCGCAUCUACUACUACAAUGCUGACGACAAGCAGUCCGUGUGGGAGAAGCCCAGCGUGCUCAAGUCCAAGGCGGAGCUGCUGCUGUCCCAGAGUCCCUGGAAAGAGUACAAGUCGGACACAGGCAAACCUUACUACUAUAACAACCAGAGUAAGGAGUCCCGCUGGACCCGGCCGAAGGACCUGGAUGACCUCGAGGCUCUAGUCAAACAAGAGGCUGUAGGGAAACAGCAGCAGCAGCCCCAGACACUACAGACGCAGCCUCCUCAGCCACAGCCUGAGCCCCCACCUGCGCCUCCUGGCCCCACCCCACUGCCUGUGAGCCUGCUAGAACCUGAGCCGGGUGGGAAUGAAGAUUGCGAUGUGUCAGAUGCUGUCCAGCCCCCGGAGCAGGGGUUCCUGCAGCAGCCAGAGGAGAGCCCCAGCAGUUCUGCUGCACAGCAUCAGCCACCACAACAGGAGGAAGAGGACUCAAAGCUAGAACCAGAGAGGUCUGGCCUCAGUUGGAGUAACCGUGAGAAGGCAAAGCAGGCCUUUAAGGAGCUGCUGAGGGACAAGGCUGUCCCCUCCAAUGCCUCAUGGGAACAGGCCAUGAAGAUGGUGGUCACCGACCCCCGUUACAGUGCCUUGCCCAAAUUGAGUGAGAAAAAGCAGGCAUUUAAUGCCUACAAGGCGCAGCGGGAGAAGGAGGAGAAGGAAGAGGCGCGACUGAGGGCCAAGGAGGCCAAGCAGACCUUGCAGCACUUCCUGGAGCAGCAUGAGCGCAUGACCUCCACCACCCGCUACCGGCGGGCAGAACAGACCUUUGGGGAGCUGGAGGUCUGGGCUGUGGUCCCCGAGAGGGAUCGAAAAGAGGUUUAUGAUGAUGUCCUCUUCUUCCUGGCCAAGAAGGAGAAGGAACAGGCCAAGCAGCUCCGGCGCCGCAAUAUCCAGGCCCUGAAGAGCAUCCUGGAUGGGAUGAGUAGCGUCAACUUCCAAACCACAUGGUCCCAGGCCCAGCAGUACCUCAUGGAUAACCCCAGCUUUGCUCAGGACCAUCAGCUUCAGAACAUGGACAAGGAAGAUGCGCUGAUCUGCUUUGAGGAGCACAUCCGAGCUUUGGAGAGGGAGGAGGAGGAGGAGCGGGAGCGGGCCCGGCUUAGGGAGCGGCGCCAGCAACGCAAGAACCGGGAGGCCUUCCAGACCUUCCUGGAUGAGCUGCAUGAGACAGGGCAGCUGCACUCUAUGUCCACCUGGAUGGAACUGUACCCAGCGGUCAGUACUGAUGUCCGCUUUGCCAACAUGCUGGGCCAGCCGGGUAAGACAGCUGGGCUCCCCUUCUCUGGCCUGGCUUCCUGCCCUGCCAGCCUCUCUGCACCCCCACUCCCGGGUCCUGACCCGACCCUCAGGCCUUGGGAAGCUGCCACCGCCAGGCCCCCCACCCUCCCUCCCCCCGCAGGCUCCACCCCUCUGGACUUGUUCAAGUUCUAUGUGGAGGAGUUGAAGGCACGAUUCCAUGAUGAGAAGAAGAUCAUUAAGGACAUCCUUAAGGACCGGGGCUUCUGUGUGGAAGUGAACACAGCCUUUGAGGACUUCGCCCACGUCAUAAGCUUUGACAAGAGGGCUGCUGCGCUGGACGCAGGCAACAUCAAGCUGACCUUCAAUAGUCUACUGGAGAAAGCAGAGGCACGGGAGAGAGAGCGGGAGAAGGAGGAGGCACGAAGGCUGCGGCGCAGGGAAGCUGCCUUCCGAAGCAUGCUGAGGCAGGCCGUGCCUGCUCUGGAGCUGGGCACUGCUUGGGAAGAGGUCCGUGAGCGCUUUGUGUGCGACUCAGCCUUUGAGCAGAUAACCCUGGAGUCGGAGCGGAUCCGGCUCUUCCGGGAGUUCCUGCAGGUACUGGAGACUGAAUGCCAGCACCUCCACACGAAAGGCCGGAAGCACGGCAGAAAGGGCAGGAAGCACCAUCGCAAGCGUUCCCACUCGCCCUCAGGCUCCGAGUCGGAAGAGGAGGAGCUGCCCCCACCAUCUCUCCGGCCCCCCAAGCGGAGGCGGCAGAACCCCUCCGAAUCUGGCUCUGAGCCCUCUUCCUCACUUGAUUCAUUUGAAAGUGGGGGUGCUGCCCUUGGAGGACGGGGCUCCCCAUCCUCCCGCCUUCUCCUUGGAUCAGAUCAUGGCCUUCGGAGAGCCAAGAAACCAAAAAAGAAAGCUAAAAAGAGAAGACACAAGUCGAACAGUCCUGAGAGUGUGACAGACCCGGAGGAGAAAGCUGGCAAGGAGAGUGAUGAGAAAGAACCAGAACAGGACAAGGACAGGGAGCUCCGGCUGGCAGAGCUCCCUAAUCGCUCCCCAGGUUUUGGAAUCAAGAAGGAGAAGGUGAGAGGCAGGUGCCUGGUCCCAGCCCAGGCAGCGCUCUGUCCAGGCCUCCAUGGCCUUCAGGGGAGGCAGUGGGUGAGCUGUGCCUUUGCUCCCCCAGACGGGCUGGGACACAUCAGAAAGUGAGCUGAGUGAGGGGGAGCUGGAAAGGCGGCGGCGGACACUCCUACAGCAGCUGGAUGACCACCAGUGAACUGACCAGCGGCUCUGCCUGGGUCUGUGGCUACUAGGUCACCCUCACCGUCUGCCCCAGACUUCUUCCUUAGUCUGGUCUGUCCAUUUUUCCUCAAGUAACCCCACUCCCAACACACCAUUGCCAGCACCUGCUAAGGUUGCUCAUGGUGUUCAACAGUCCCCUACUUCCCGGACAACUAGUGCAGUCCUUGCCCUCAGCCCCACAAAAUUGGUGGUGUACGCCACGUGGGGUGGGUGGUGCCAGUAGAUAGGAUGUGAGAAGGGGCCUCCAGGGAAGAGUGACAGGCUGGUGGACACAGCCUGGGUGGCAGAGGGCGGGGUCCCUACCCUUUAGCAUCAGUGCCUGCUCCUGCCUGCACGGGGCCCUGGGGCUCCACCAGUCCUUCCUCCAGCCCUGGGACCCUGUCUAUGUGUGUUUUGUUUUAUAAAUAACAAUAUUUAUAACAUG